AUGCCCCCUCCCCUCAGCCUGGUGAAGUCUUACAUGUACGCGGUGACAGCUGCAGCCCUGACCCCUUUCCGCGGCCCCGCGGUCUUUCCACUGCCCCGCCGCCCUGACUGGUGCAGCCUUCGGGUGCGGGCGCCCCCACCGCGUGCCCGCACCCCACUCCGCUCCAGCAGUCAGGCCUGCGUGCCCAGCCCACGGUCCCAGCGCCUCCCGCGCUCAAAGCUGCGGGUGACACCCACAGAGGCUAGUGGCGAAGACAGAGAUGUCGAUAACCCCAUGCCUAACCGUGGAGGCAAUGGACUAGCUCCCGGGGAGGACAGAUUCAAACCUGUGGUGCCGUGGCCUCAUGUUGAAGGAGUAGAAGUGGACUUAGAGUCUAUUAGAAGAAAAAACAAGGCCAAAAAUGAACAAGAGCGCCACGCUGGAGGAGCUAACCAGAAAGACAUAAUGCAGAGGCAGUAUCUCACGUUUAAGCCUCAGACUUUCACCUACCGGGAACCUGUGUUGCGCCCAGGGGUCCUCGGUAACUUUGAACCCAAAGAACCUGAGCCUCAAGGAGUGGUUGGUGGCCCUGGAGAGAAAGCCAAGCCUUUGGUAUUGGGACCAGAUUUCAAACAUGCAGUUCAAGCCAGCAUUAAGGAGUUUGGAUUUAACAUGGUGGCAAGUGACAUGAUCUCUCUGGACCGCAGCGUCAAUGACUUACGGCAAGAAGAGUGCAAGUAUUGGCAUUACGAUGAAAACCUGCUCACAUCCAGCGUCGUCAUCGUCUUCCACAAUGAAGGGUGGUCCACCCUCAUGAGGACAGUCCACAGUGUAAUUAAAAGGACGCCAAGGAAGUAUUUAGCAGAAAUUGUGUUAAUUGAUGAUUUCAGUAAUAAAGAACACUUAAAAGAAAGACUCGAUGACUAUAUUAAGCUAUGGAACGGCCUCGUGAAGGUAUUUAGAAAUGAAAGAAGAGAAGGUUUGAUUCAAGCACGAAGUAUUGGUGCCCAGAAGGCUAAACUUGGACAGGUGUUGAUAUACCUCGAUGCCCACUGCGAGGUGGCGGUUAACUGGUAUGCACCGCUUGUAGCUCCCAUAUCUAAGGACAGAACUACAUGUACUGUGCCUCUAAUAGAUUACAUAGACGGGAAUGAUUAUUCCAUUGAGCCUCAGCAAGGUGGGGAUGAAGAUGGCUUUGCCAGAGGGGCCUGGGACUGGAGUUUACUGUGGAAGCGUAUUCCUCUAAGCCACAAGGAAAAGGCCAAAAGAAAACAUAAAACUGAGCCUUAUCGGUCCCCAGCCAUGGCUGGAGGAUUAUUUGCCAUCGAGCGGGACUUCUUCUUUGAACUGGGUCUGUAUGACCCAGGUCUCCAGAUUUGGGGUGGUGAAAACUUUGAGAUCUCAUACAAGAUCUGGCAGUGCGGCGGCAAGCUCCUGUUCGUGCCCUGCUCCCGCGUCGGGCACAUCUACCGCCUGGAGGGCUGGCAAGGGAACCCGCCCCCCGUUUAUGUUGGGUCCUCCCCAACGCUGAAGAAUUAUGUUCGAGUUGUCGAAGUUUGGUGGGAUGAAUAUAAAGACUACUUCUAUGCUAGUCGGCCUGAAUCCAGGGCCCUUGCCUAUGGGGACAUAUCUGAGCUGAAAAAAUUUCGAGAAGACCAUAACUGCAAAAGUUUCAAAUGGUUCAUGGAAGAAAUCGCUUAUGAUAUCACCUCACACUACCCUUUGCCACCCAAAAACGUUGAAUGGGGAGAAAUCAGAGGCUUUGAAACUGCUUACUGCAUCGACAGCAUGGGAAGAACUAACGGAGGCUUUGUGGAACUCGGGCCCUGCCACAGGAUGGGGGGGAACCAGCUGUUCCGAAUCAACGAAGCUAACCAGCUCAUGCAGUACGAUCAGUGUCUGGCAAAGGCGGCCGACGGGUCCAAAGUCAUGAUCACGCACUGCAAUCUGAAUGAGUUCAAGGAGUGGCAGUACUUCAAGAACCUGCACAGAUUUACCCACAUUCCUUCAGGGAUGUGCUUAGAUCGCUCAGAUGUCCUGCACCAAGUGUUCAUCUCUGAUUGCGACUCCAGUAAAGCGACUCAAAAGUGGGAAAUGAAUAACAUCCACAGUGUUUAGGAAAAAUAAAGGAAACCAAUAACCUACCUACUGACACAUAAAGUUAUACAGGACUGAAAGGCGCCUGAAACCUGCUGCAGCAAUUAUAAUAAUUCUGUACAGCUCCAAACCCAGAACCUCCUGAUCAGUUUGAAGGACAUUGAUAAACUGUGAUUUUACAAUAACAUUAUCAUCUGCAGUUACUGUUUACAAAACUGCUUUUACCUUAAACUUUGUAGAUGUUUACAUCAUUUUUUGUUUUGUUUUAAGGUGAUGUUGGUCAUUUGUGCAUUUAGCUCUGUUUUAUUUCCAACAGAGUUGAAGGUGUCGUUGUCGUCUUCUUUGGGAUUACACUCAGGGUCUGAAAGGCAGUUUGAUUCUUUUUUUUUAACACACUUGAAAAAGGUUGGGGUAACCAGACUUUCAUUUCUAACUGGGUGGUUAUCAGCCGUUGUGUCUUUAUUUAAUUUUACAUCUUUUCGAAGCACUGCCACAGGUUCUCAGCCAGGGUGGCCUUUCUUCACAGUCAUGCUGCUUUUUUGAAAGGUGAAUUUCAACACAUUUAGUGCCUCUUUCAUUUCUCAGUAUAUAUUCCAAGAGCUUUUGAUGAAACUUACAGGAUGGUAAUGUUGGAAUGUCACCUAUUUGAGGAAAAAUGUGUCCACUACUCAGAAAUGAAUUUAUGUGCUACCAUUUUGUUCUGAAAUCGAAUGUUAUAUGGCUUGAAACAGAAAUGACAAUUAUGGACCAUCCCCAGGGCACUGGGUAUUCCACAGGGUGUGAAGACUGUUGCCCAGGAUGCCCUCGGUAGAGACCAGUACCACAGAGAGCAAAGGGGUCUACAGCCAGAGAAAAAUUGGCCACUGACACUUGGGACUUAGUUUUCCCCAGUACAUUAUAGAAAACAGUAAAUCUCAGUUUUAAACUCUUGAAAUGGGAGUGACAAAAGAAAACACCGCUGUAAACACAUAAUUCCUUGGAACUGGGUAAGAAUUCCCAGCCCCUUAUUUGAGUGAGCCUUACAAAACUGUUUGGCAUAACCUCAGCCGAACAACUGGGACGCCGAGAGCGAGUGGAUGUUUCACUUCUGUUUUCACCCAAAUGAAAUUCCCUGCACAUUUUAAACUUCUUUUUAAAAAGACUAUUUAAGAGUAGUUAACAAAUAUGAGCUACUUUCUGUUAGAUUGGGUGUUUGUUCCCUAAUGUUUCUUAGGUGGUUGUCUUUUUUCUUUUAGGAAGCCUGCUUUUAUUAAUUUUUUUCAAUGAAAAGAUUUGUUUGUAUUUAAACAUUUAUUUGGACAGCACCUCUCAUAAGAAAACCAAAUACUGCAGGGGUCAGAUUUUAAUUUCUAAGUAAAGGUCCAAAAAGAUUAAAAUGCUAAAUUGCAUACAAAAAAAAAUGUAAGGUAGGAACUUAAGCAUAUUUGAUCCUGUAAUCAUGAUAUCGCUACAAUGAAAGGAAUUCACAAACUACUGCCAGCGGGAAAUAUUUUUAAAGCUAAAAAAAGAAAAAGACUGCAUCCGUUUAAAAAAAGCCUACAAAUUUGUUUCUCCCAAGCCUAACUCUUCAAUUUAGAGUCAAUGUUAACGUUAAACAUUUUAAACAGUUUUAUUUAUAAUUUUGAAUUGUCAAUGACUAUUUUGCUACCAAUCUGUGAUCAACCAUUUUAACUUUCAUUCAUCUCUAGAGAUAUUUAAAAAGGAAUACAUUUAUAUGCUUCUAUAGCUACAAAAUAAAUCAACUCUAAAAGAGAAUUGGUACUUCAGUGACUUGUGUGUUGGCAGUUUGCUCCUCCAUCUUCCUUGUGGAAUAGAUUAUAACCUUGACACCUAUCCGUAGUCCUAAGGAAGGUGGCACACUGACUGCGUAUAGAAACUUUAAAUGGGUAUUUGGUGCAAUUCAUUAAGAUACUCUAUGAUAAUGAUUCUACAGAACUGAAAUCAGAAACCUUACCAAACAUGAAAAGCAUCACAAGCUGCCGCCAUAUGACUAUUUUCUACUGUAGGCUGCUUUGGAAAUAAUUCCCAUAUCCUUGCUUUGUAAGUUGAUAAAAUAUCACUAUGCAUUUCUACACAUUUUAUAAAUUUGAUUUAUGCAGAUUUUGAUACACUGUAUGUUUCUGUAGAAAUUGUAUAAAUAUUCAAAAUUUUAUUAGGGAUAAAUUUGAGAAGUUUAUGUAUAUCUUAAUUCUGGGUUGCUUGUUUUU